AACUCUAUAAAAAUCUUUGACUUGUAUGUCUUUCAGGAUCUUGAGUUCCUUUCUACAGAGAUUGAGGUAGUAAAACCUAAAGUGAGAGAGCGAUUUUUCAUGUUGUCUUCCAAAGAGGAAGAUGCAGUGAAGAAGAAUAUACUCUUAAUUCAUCUUCUGGGCAGUCUUGGUCUCGCUUAUCAUUUUGAGAGGGAGAUCGAAGAGACCCUCAAACACGCUUUUGAGAAGAUGGAAGAUUUGAUUAAUGGUGAAAAUGAUUUGUACACGAUCUCCAUAAUGUUCCGGGCUUUUAGAACAUAUGGUCACAACAUGCCUUCCGAUGUUUUCAAUAGAUUCAAGGGAAAUGAUGGUAAGUUCAAAGAGUGUCUAAUAGAUGAUGUCAAGGGUUUGCUAAGCUUAUACGAAGCAGUUCACUUCAGGACAACGACAGAUCAUAUAUUGGAUGAAGCAUUAAGCUUCUCACUAGAUCACUUAGAACCACUAGCUUCUGGUCACAGAGAAAGCCCACCACAUGUUUUAAAGCAUGUACAAAAUGCUCUUCACAUACCUCAGCACCGGAAAACCCAAGUUAUUGUUGCAACAGAGUAUAUUUCAUUCUAUGAACAAGAAGAGCACCACGAUGAAACAUUACUCAAGCUAGCAAAGCUCAAUUUCAAGUUCUUGCGGCUUCAUUAUAUCCAUGAGUUAAAAACAGUCAUAAUGUGGUGGAAAGGACUAGACCAUGUAAAGAACCUCCCACUCGGCAUCAGAGAAAGAUCACUGGAGAGCUGGUUCUCGGCAUUGAUGAUGUACUUCGAGCCAAAAUUCUCACUAGCAAGAAUUAUGUCGGCGAAGUUUACCUUAGCUGCCACCUUUCUAGACGAUGUUUGUGAUAAUGGUUCAGUUCCAGAAGUUGAAAGCCUGGUUGAUUGUCUUGAAAG